AUACAUACAUACAUACAUACAUACAUAUAUAUACAUAGACAUUUGUGCCGGUUGUAACACACUAGCCAUAACACUACACUAACAAUAACAAACUAAUAAUAAUAAUGAAGACGACCACGACGACUAUACUGAUAGUUUCUGAUUGCAUAAAUAAAGAUUAAAGAUUGGUUCUAAAUUAUUUAUCAUAUUAAAUACUAAAAAAAUAAAAAUAAAAAAGUAAACAAUAAAAAAAUAAUAAAUAAAUAAAUACCUCAUUCCAAUAAAACACCAAUAUUAAACUUAAAUUAAUUUCCAACUAACCACUAAGUGAUAAUAAUAAUAAUAAUAAUGUAUGUAUCUUAAAUCUUGUUUCUUUGAAUUUCAGUAAAAGCACGCGAAAAUUUUAAUUGAAUUUUAAAAAACAUUUCAAACAAUACAAAAAUGAUCAUUGAUCAAUAUUGGCAAUAUUUAAUAAAAUGUGGAUUUAUUUUUAUUAUAAUAUAUAACUCUAUGAUUGUAUCAUAUCAACAAUCAAUCAAUAAUUAUUAUGAUCCAGAUCAAAUUAAUCAGGAAAUAAAUGAAUAUGAAUUAUUAACACCGAAUUUAAUGAAUAUACAAAAGAAACAAUAUAAUUUAACAUUAUUUAAUGCAUAUGAUUCAAUACCAAUAUCAGCUAUAUCAUUAGCUAUUGUAUUUGAUUCAACAGGUUCUAUGGGUAAUGAUUUAAAACAAGUGAAAAUUGGUUCAAGACGUAUAUUACAAAGACAUUUACAACGCGGUGAAUCAAAUUAUAUAAAAGAUUUUGUUUUAGUAAAAGUACAUGAUCCAGAUGUUGGACCAGCUAAAGUGACAACAUCCACUAAAACAUUUUAUGAAUAUUUAGAUAAUGUUUACACUCAAGGUGGUGGUGAUUGUCCAGAAAUGACAAUAACUGGCAUUGAAUUAGCAUUGGAAGCCUCUAGACCGAAUUCAUUAAUUUAUGUUUUUACAGAUAGUAGCGCUAAAGAUUAUAAUCGUACAGAGAAAGUACUCAAUUUAAUACAACAAAAACAAAGUCAAGUUGUAUUUGUUCUAACUGGAUUUUGUAAUACAACGGAUGAACCUGGUUUUGAAGCAUAUCGUCAAAUUGCUACAGUUAGCUCUGGUCAACUUUAUAUUAUUGGUAAAGGUCAAGUUAAUGAAUUUAUGCAAGUGGUUGAAGCUGCUGUUGAAGCACGUAAAGUACAUAUACUUCAACAAGAUACAUUGAAUACAGAAUCAAAAACUUAUAGUUUCCCAGUUGAUUCUCAUUUAUCACAAUUAACUAUACAAGUAACAAAUCAUCAACGUGAUCGAGCAAUCAAUGUUAAAAUUCGUAAUCCUGAAGGAAAAUUAAUUGAUAAAGAAGAUGGUCUAAAACAAUUAAUGAAAGCUGUAAAAUCUGUAUUUGUCGGAUCAAUUGACCGACCUAAACCAGGUCAGUGGACAUUAGAAGUUGGUAUUGAUACCGAGGAAAUCGAUUCAGAAACAAUGAAUGUUAAUAACGGCAAUAAUAAUACUAAUAUUUAUAGUAAUUUACAACGUGAAAGAUGGAUUUCUGUUCGAGUUUCUGGUAUAAGUGAUGUUGAUUUUCUGCAAGGUUUUUCAACAACACCAAAAUUGUAUAAUUAUGGUUCAUCAACACAACCAAUUGCAGGUUUGUUUGAAUAUUUCUUUUUUAUCUUUCUUUGUUUUUUAAUUAUUUGAAUUAUGGAAUAUUUGUGUGAACAAUAAGUUGUUUUCAAUAACUUCAACAUUAGUCUACAAUUAUAAAUGGUACUGGGUUCGAGUCCCAGAGUGAACAUCAACCGUGAUAUGCAGGUACAUCCAGCUGACGACUCUCAAAUAAGACGAAGUGACGCGCGUCCUAGAUUCCACUGCUAGCUACUAUUCAUCUUUGCUUAAAAUGCUUGUGACUUAAGGCGAUAU